ACGUGCUGGAAACUUUGAGCGCGCCUGCGCUCUUCGGGGGAAAAUGGCGAAUGUACAUGUGGGGAAACAUAACCUCUAUUUUUUUUCUAUCGUGAAGUGACUCACAUGGCGUAAACAUGCCGCGAAAGGGCAAAAACUUGUUGAAAAGAAAGUCUCAGGAUGUGAAAAUUCAUAAUGAGGUGGAGAAUCAUGAAGAGGAUGAAGUGGCGUCUUCCAAUCAGGACUCUGGAGCGGAGGAUCUCCUUCCCCACGAGUUCUCCAACUCCGACGACAGUUCCGACGACGAUGCCCCGGAGAACUCCCACCCAGAGGACUCUGACGAGGAGAAAGACGAGGUUCUCUUCGACUCCGACAUCGAGACUGACGAGCUCUCCUUCGAGAGUGCCUCAGAGGCCUCAGACCCAGAGGAUUCCGAAGACGACCAAAAAUCCGAAGUAUCUGACGCCCCAGAGCCCUCCCCGGCCUCUCCAGGCCCCUCUCGACCCCCCUCAAACGCCUCGAAGCCCCUGUCGAGCUCCUCAAGCCCCAAAAAACCCUCCAAACCCCCGAAAAAUGCUCCAAAAUCCCCAGAAAACCCCUCAACAUCGUCGAAACCACCUCAGGACGAGUACGAGUACGACUCCUCUGACGAAGAGGACAUUCGCAAUACCGUUGGUAACAUCCCCAUGAAGUGGUACGACGACUACCCCCACAUCGGUUACAAUCUCGACGGAAAGAAGCUGUUGAAGCCAGAGAAAGGGGACCUCCUGGACAAUUUCCUCAAGCGAAUGGAAGAUCCCGACUUCUGGAGGACCGUAAAAGACCCAACAACUGGCCAAGACGUGAUCCUGAGUGAAGAGGACAUAAACCUCAUCACGAGAAUUCAAAAGCAGAAGAUUCCAGACGCCCAAUUCGACGAUUAUGCCCCCUGGAUCGAGUACUUCACCUCUGAAGUGAUGAAAACACCUCUGAGAAAAUUUCCCGAGCACAAGAGGUCCUUUCUACCCUCGAAAAACGAAGCCAGACAGGUCUCGAAGCUAGUGCACGCCCUGAAGAUGGGCUGGAUCAAGUCCUCGGAGGAGAUGGAGAGGGAGAGGGCGGAGAGGAAGAGGGAGCCCCAGUUUUACAUGCUCUGGGCGUCUGAUGAUCAGGCUGAGGAGAUGAGGAGAAUUCACAAGCAUAUUCCAGCGCCCAAGAGGCAUUUGCCUGGACAUGCUGAAAGCUACAAUCCACCACCGGAAUAUUUGUUCGAUAAGAGGGAGCUGAAGCAGUGGAAUAAACUCAAGAUGACACCUUGGAAGAGGAAACUUCAUUUUAUACCGCAGAAGUUCAAGUCGUUGAGGGAAGUGCCUGCUUAUCCCAAGUAUAUCAAGGAGAGAUUCCAGAGAUGUUUGGACCUCUACCUGUGCCCCAGAGCCCUGAAAAUGAAGCUGACAAUCGACCCCGAGGUGCUGGUCCCCCAGCUUCCCAGUCCCAGAGAUCUCCAGCCCUUCCCCACGACCAUGUCAAUGGUCUACAAAGGCCACACCGACAUGGUGAGAUCCAUCACAACUCAGGAAAGAGGGCAGUACUUUGCGUCUGGUGGUGACGACAUGAAUUUACGAAUCUGGGAGAUCUCCACUGGGCGAUGUGUCAAGGUCAUUCCCUGUGGGGGCAUCAUCAGGUGUGUCGCCUGGUGUCCGAACGAGGCUGUCUCCCUCAUCGCUGUUGCUGCUGAUAAAAAAGUACUUCUUGUAAAUCCCGGAGUGGGGGAUCACCUGGUGACCAGUAAAACUGAUAAACUCAUGGGGAUUAUUCCUGAGAGUGAUGUCAUUGUCAGCGAGAGGGUGAAGACUGCGGUUCAGUGGGAGCAGGCUGAGGGGGAGCUGUGGGGCACUGGGGUCAGGGUGGUUAUGAAUCACUUUAAGAUUGUUAAGCAAGUCACUUGGCAUCCCAAGGGGGAUUACUUUGCAACUGUCAUGCCAGAUGGGCAGAACAGGUCGGUCUUGAUCAGUCAACUGUCCAAGAGGAGGUCACAGAUGCCCUUCAGCAGGCCCAAGGGACUCGUACAGUGUGUGCUGUUUCAUCCUGUCAAACCUAUCUUUUUCGUUGCGACUCAAAGACACAUUCGUAUUUAUGACCUCAAGAAACAAGAGAUGAUAAAGAAAUUGUUGUCUGGAUGCCAGUGGAUAUCAACAAUGGCCAUUCAUCCAGCUGGUGAUAAUGUACUCGUUGGUACAUACGAUCGUAAAAUGCUUUGGUUUGACAUGGAUUUAAGUACAAAGCCCUAUCAGACAUUGAGAUUGCAUGGUACUGGAGUGCGUGGAGUGGCAUUUCACAAACGUUAUCCUCUAUUUGCAUCUGGUGCUGAUGACAGAGGCCUCAUUGUCUCUCAUGGAAUGGUUUACAACGAUCUUCUCCAGAAUCCACUCAUUGUCCCUCUCAAGAGGUUCUCCAAUCACGAGGCUUACAACGACUUUGGCAUUCUGGAUGUCGCAUUCCAUCCUAUUCAACCCUGGGUUUUCUCGGCUGGGGCUGAUGCCACCAUCAGAUUGUACACGUAAUUUUCCAUGAGUUCACGUGAAUUAUACUUUCCUUCUUAAGUAAAUAAAUCAAUUUUACAUUUG